CAACAGAAACUCAAACAGAACAAACUCGCCAGCACUUCAUCCAGCGACUGUUCGAGCUUUGCAGGGGAAGCGAGGAAAGUUGUUCUCAAGAUGGACAACAAGGGUGACGUCCGGUCAAUCAUGGCUCGCUUCCAAGCCAGCGGGGCAAGCGUUGAUGAGACCUCCAGCACACCAGGUGGACGCACCAAAGCACCCCUGCAUCCUACUCUCUCCUCUGGCCCGGCCGUACAAAGGAAGCCUGUCUCAGAAAGUAUCUCGGGCGGCCCGAUAAACACCGCUCCGAAACCAUCCUUCCUGAAAAACAAGGCAUCCACUAAAAGUGACACAGACAUACAAGAAACAACCAAAGCUAAAGCACUGGCUAACAGAUUUGCCAACAUCAAUGAUGUCACUAACACCAGCAACAAACCUGCCUUCAAACCAAAUCUUCCUCAGGCGUCUGAAGCUAAAGGGCCCGUACAGAAGCCUCUGUUAAACAAACCAUCCCUCACUGCCAUGUCCACACCUGAUUCCAAACCUGCUUUUCCAAAACCUGCUUCAACAUUUAACCCCAAGCCCAGCUGGGUAAAGGAAGACAGCGGUGGUGGUAUAGCACUAAACGCUGGUUCAACACCACCCAAAGCCCCUAGUUUACAACAAAAGCCCCACAGCAGCGUAUUGAAAUUACUGCAGCAGAGGGAAGAACAAACGGAAGCGAACCCCGACUCUCCCAACAAACCUCCACCUGUAAAUACCGCUUUGAAGCCGACCACCAACUUCAGGACUGCUCAGAAUAUGUUCCCAAAGGAGAAGAAUGCGGCUGAGCAGACAGAAGAUGGUGGGGUUAAUAAGGCAUCCCUGACCGCUACUAACUCCACGGCUCCCCCAAUACCGCCAGCUGGCAAAAAGCCUAGCUUUAGGAAGCACACAAAAGUGUCUCCGCAGGCCAGCAGCACUAAUGGAGACCCCGCCUCAGGCCCAAAGCGUAACCCUCUACCCAACGGUUUGGCUUUGGGGGCUGCCCCAGCGAAACCCAACCGACCCCCAAAGGUUAACCUGGAGAACUUGAAGAGAAGCGCUGAAGCCUCUGAAGAGGGUCAUGGUUUGAAGAGGCCUGUCGUCCCAACUCCUCCACCAUCGCACCCGAGUAACCAGGCCAACCUUGCCAUUCCACCUGUACCUCCCCAGCCAGGAAUCAUUAUCUACAUCCAAACUUUGCUCAUCAGGGACCAGCAAGAUGUUUACGAUGACGUUGAUGAACUGAGCAGUAUCACCCGAGUCAGAGACCAAAGGGAAGCAGCUGAUAAAAGCCAAGAAAAGAAGAAGGACGACAAGGAGGAGAAAAAACGUUUGGAGGCUGAGAAAAAGGAGCAAAAGGAACGUGAGAAGAAGGAACAAGAUGCCAGGAAGAAGUUCAAACUGGUUGGAGCCCUGGAGGCCCUUCAACAAGGAAAAGCUCGCGCUGAUUGCAAAGGCAGCAAAACUGACCUGGCUCUGAAGCAAGGAGACUAUUUGGAUAUCAUUCGUGUUCAGGGCAACCCAGAGGGCAAAUGGCUGGCACGGACACAAGAUGGAUCAAUUGGCUAUGUAAAGACCACCUCAGUGGAAAUAGACUUUAACUCACUGAAGAACUGCCAGCCUCAGUCGGCCUAUGAUGGUGAAGUCUAUGAUGACAUCGACGCGGCCACAUCUGAUAACAGGUACCAGAAAAUUGUUCUACCGCCACUCCCAGGAGAGGAUGGAGAAAUAUAUGAUGAUGUUCUGGAUCCAAACCUGGAAGUCAGUCCCUUCGACCCCAGGUCCUCUCUGAAGCCUCGUGGCUUCCUGUGGAUGUUUGACCGAAACAGACGUUCUGCCAGCACUAAAGUAGUGCCUCCACCCAGCCAGUUUACCGCAGAUGGGAACUCAGACAAACCUGGAGCAGCAAUUGAUGAGGAGAUAUACGACGAUGUUGACUCUCAAAAUGCACCCCCUCCUCCUCCCAUAACCAGCCUUCCAGGCAUGAGGGGCAAAGGCAAAACUCCAGACAUGGACCCGAAGAAGCAGAAAAAGUUUGAGAAAGAGGAGAAGGAAUUCAGAAAGAAGUUUAAAUACGAAGGGGAAAUACAGGUUCUGUACCAGGUGACCAUCAUCCCCAAGCUCACUAAUAAAAAGUGGAGCGGGAAAGAGCUGUCCAUUAAAUCUGGGGAGAAGCUUGACGUCAUCGUUACAGCUGUGGACGAUAAACUGAUCUGUAGGAAUGAGGAAGGCAAAUUUGGUUACGUCUCAACCAGCCACAUUGUUUCGGAUGAUGGAGAAAUCUACGAUGAUAUUGGAGGAGAUGACUGCAUCUAUGACAACGACUGA